GCCAGGUGAUCCAGAAGUCAGUUCGUUCCUACUUCAUUUGCUGCAGCGGCCCGGGACGCAGGCACGGUGAUGAUCGUGAGCGCCAUGAGCACCGUGUUGCUGGAAGACAUCAGAGCCAGUGCGCCGGACUGCCUGUUGUGGCAGCAGACGUAUCUCUUUAGUAACCGUUCCCUGACUAAAUCUAUAGUCAGGAGGGCGGAACAGCAGAACUUCGCUGCCAUCGUGGUAACAGUGGAUUCCCAUGUCGAUGGACAGACCGCAAGCCACAGCAAGAACCAGCUAGUCCUUCCGGAGGGCCUCAGGUUUGCUAACCUAGAAGCCUCGUGGAGCGGUAGGUCGUUCACAUUCGACCCUUCAAGCAAUAACUCACUGGGCAACCUCAUGUCCACUUCCUGGACGUGGGAGGAUUUCCGCUGGUUGCGCAGCAUGUCGACACUACCCAUUGUCGUCAAGGGUGUCCUGACCGCUGAAAUGGCACUGAGAGCUUACAAGAACGGCGCAUCGGCCGUUAUGGUCUCAAACCAUGGAGCACGGGUGCUCGACGGCGACCCUGCAGCGAUCGAGGCGCUGCCAGAGGUGGUAGCAGCGGUGGGGAACCGCAUGGAGGUCUACAUGGACGGCGGUGUGCGCUCGGGGGCCGACGCUGUGAAGGCGUUGAGUCUCGGUGCACGCGCUGUUUUCGUCGGCAGACCCGUAUUCUGGGGACUCGCUUACAGAGGGAAACAAGGCGUAGACAAGGUUCUGGACAUUCUUAGGAGUGAAUUCAAUCUUACGAUUCGGCUGCUAGGUGUUCCCGAUGCCAAGAACUUGUGCACUGACGUCGUCGUCCACGAGCAGUACUACUCUCAGCCGCUCCACAAAAAUUGCGCACCGAGACAUCCUGGGGUGGAUUGAGUUUCGUAUAACGUGGAUGCGUAGCGUUCCAAUGUAAUAAUUGAGGCUUUAGCAUCAACGUACA